UGAAUUGUGGGAGGUUUGUUUGUAUAAUAUUAGGAGUUUUAAUGGGUGUGGCAUACAGAUGGCUAUAUGCGGCUGCAAUUCAAGAAUUUAACAACAAAGGCACAAGAAGACUUUCAGGGUGGUAUUGAUGGAGUUCUUCAAAAGCUGGCACAUCCUCUGGCUGAUCUUUUCUCUGUCAUUUUCAUCAUCAUCAUCUUUUGUGCAAGCCUCAUAUGGCUAUGACCCUGAGUCCUUGAGCACUUUUUUCCAUGAUUAUGCAAACACAAGUCUAAGGAACCCUCAUACCGGCACGCUAUACAAUAUUUCUCUCCCUGCUAAUUUCUCUGGCAUGGAAGCUUCAUUUGUUAGGGUCCUUAGUGCAAAGUUUUGGAGUAGAGGGGCAAAUUUCAGUUCAUUUCAAAUACCACCAAGGGUUAUACCAAUUCCUUAUAAAAGAAGGCUAGCUAUAGUGUUUGAGAAUUUAGGCAAUUGGUCUUCAAGUUACUACCAAAUGUCCAAUUACACAUUGGUUGCUCCUGUUGUUGGCUUCAUGGCUUAUGAUUCUCCAAAUGCAACUCCAAUAGGCAAUCAGAAGCUCAAUUUCACUACUCAGGGUGACCCCAUUACAAUCCGAUUUUCGCAUAUUGAUGCCGUGCAAGGGAAAAAUGUGACACCACAAUGUGUCCAAUUUGGUGCUGCUGGGAGCUUUGAGAUCAAAAACAUGACCAAGGAAAAUGAGUGCAUUACACAUGGUUUAGGCCAUUUUUCCGUUGUUGUUCCAUCUCCGCCUAGGCCAGCACCAAGUCCAGCCCCAAUGCCAACUCCAGAGAAGAAAAAGAGGCAUCGGAAAGGGUUGGGGAAAGGGUUUGUAGUUGGAAUUGUGUUUGGGUUGGUUUUACUGGGAUUGGUAAUGAUAGCCACAUUCAAGUUAUGGAGGAGGAAGAAACUUAAAGCUAUGGAGAAGCAGUCUGAAAAAGAUGUGGCCUUUGAUACAUUUUGGGUUGGAAGAAGUAAAAUGCCUUCUGCAUCAAUGACUAGAACCCAACCAUAUCUUGAACAUGAAUAUGUUCCUUGAGUACUUAAAUCUUCUUUGUAGUUCUUUUUCUUGUGUACUUUUU